GCGCGGGCGCGGGCUGCCUUCGUCGGGCCCCCAGCUCGCCCGGAGCGAGCAGCCGCCCGCGACCGCCGCGGAGCCUCGCCCGCUCCCGCCGGCGAGCAAGAUGAUGUGCGAGGUGAUGCCGACCAUCAGUGAGGCAGAAGGCCCGCCCGGAGGAAGCGGGACCCACGGGUCGGGCUCCCCUUCGCAGCCGGAUGCAGAUUCCCACUUUGAGCAGUUGAUGGUGUCCAUGCUGGAGGAGAGGGACCGUCUCCUGGACACGCUGCGAGAGACUCAGGAAACGCUGGCGUUGACCCAGGGGAAGUUGCAUGAGGUCGGUCAUGAAAGAGAUUCCUUGCAGAGACAGCUCAACACUGCCCUUCCACAGGAGUUUGCGGCGCUUACUAAGGAGCUCAACGUCUGCAGGGAGCAGCUCCUGGAGAGAGAGGAGGAGAUCGCGGAACUGAAGGCAGAGAGGAACAACACCAGGCUGCUGCUGGAGCACUUGGAGUGCCUUGUGUCCAGGCACGAGAGGUCUCUCCGGAUGACGGUGGUGAAGCGGCAGGCGCAGUCCCCGGCCGGCGUGUCCAGCGAGGUGGAGGUGCUCAAGGCCCUGAAGUCCUUGUUCGAGCACCACAAAGCUCUGGAUGAAAAGGUGAGAGAGCGGUUACGAGUAGCACUUGAAAGGUGUAGUUUGUUAGAAGAAGAAUUAGGGGCCACACACAAAGAGCUAAUGAUUCUUAAAGAACAGAAUAAUCAGAAAAAAACCCUAACAGAUGGAGUGCAUGACAUAAACCACGAACAAGAAAAUAUGCCGAGCACGAAUGGAAAGAGAGCUUCUGACGGUUCUUUAAGCCACGAGGAAGACCUCGCCAAGGUAAUCGAGCUCCAGGAAAUCAUAGAUAAGCAGUCAAAGGAGCAGAGCCAGAUGAAGGAGCGCCUGGCCGCCCUCUCCGCUCACGUGGCCGAGCUGGAGGAGGACCUGGACACGGCACGCAAGGACCUCAUCAAGUCCGAAGAAGUGAACACAAAGCUGCAGCGAGACGUCCGUGAAGCCGUGGCCCAGAAGGAGGACAUGGAGGAGAGGAUCACCACCCUUGAGAAGCGCUACCUCGCGGCACAGCGUGAAGCCACCUCUGUGCACGACCUCAACGAUAAACUUGAAAAUGAGAUUGCCAAUAAAGACUCUAUGCAUCGACAGACGGAGGAUAAAAACCGCCAGUUGCAGGAGCGCCUGGAGGUGGCAGAGCAGAAGCUGCAGCAGACCCUGAGGAAGGCCGAGACGCUGCCCGGGGUGGAAGCCGAGCUGGCCCAGAGGGCGGCCGCCCUCUCCAAGUCCGACCCUUUAUCUUCUGGACACUCUGCUGCUGAGGAAGCUAAACUGUCGGAACUCGCUUCCCAGCUUAGGAAGGCCGAGGAGAGGCAUGGCAACAUCGAGGAAAGGCUGCGGCAGAUGGAGGCCCAGCUGGAGGAAAAGAACCAAGAACUGCAGCGGGCAAGGCAGAGGGAGAAGAUGAACGAGGAGCAUAACAAGCGUCUGUCGGACACUGUCGACAAGCUCCUUUCCGAGUCUAACGAGCGGUUGCAGCUUCAUCUGAAGGAGAGAAUGGCCGCUCUGGAAGACAAGAACUCUCUAUUACGAGAAGUUGAAAAUGUGAAAAAGCAGUUAGAAGAAACGCAACGUGAGAAGGAUCGGCUCCUACUGAACGUGGAAGCACUGAGGGCUGAAUUAGAGCAGGCGAGACUGAGAGGCUCUUCCCUUCACCACGGGCGACCGCACUUGGGCAGCGUCCCAGAUUUCAGGUUCCCUCUGGCGGAUGGCCCCACGGAUGCCUACAGCAGCGCGGUGUUGCGCCCCCGGAAAGGCCGUGUGGCCGCUCUGCGAGAUGAGCCUUCCAAGGUACAGACUCUUAACGAACAGGAUUGGGAACGUGCCCAACAAGCUAGCGUCCUAGCAAAUGUGGCACAGGCGUUCGAGAGCGACGUCGACGUGUCUGAUGGCGAAGACGACGGGGACACGCUCUUCAGUUCGGCCGCUCUGCUCUCGCCCAGUGGGCAGGCCGAUGCCCAGACUCUGGCCAUGAUGCUGCAGGAACAGCUGGACGCCAUCAACAAAGAGAUCAGGCUCAUUCAAGAAGAGAAGGAGAGCGCGGAACAGCGGGCGGAGGAGAUUGAGAGCCGAGUGGGCAGCGGCAGCUUAGACAGCCCCGGCCGUUUUAGACCCGCGGGCUCCGGCGCCCCGCACCCCGCGUCCCCGCUCGCGGGCCCCUCCCCUCCACACAGCGGGCGCUCCACCCCACGGAGGGGCCCGCACAGCCCCGCCAGGGAGGUGGACAGACUGGGGGUCAUGACUCUAUUGCCGGCUUCGCGCGAAGAGGUACGAGACGACAAGGCAACGAUAAAAUGUGAAACGUCCCCUCCUUCCUCCCCGAGGUCCCUGCGCUUGGACAGACUGCACCAGGGGGUGCUCCACGCGGCCAGCCACGAGGACAUCAGGGACGCCAGAAACUCGACAGGCUCGCAGGACGGCCCCGUGAGCAACCCCAGCAGCAGCAACAGUAGCCAGGACUCGCUGCACAAAGCGCCCAAGAAGAAGGGCAUCAAGUCUUCCAUCGGCCGCCUGUUUGGCAAGAAAGAAAAGGGCCGUCCGGGCCACGCUGGCAAGGAUCCCGCGGGACCAGCUGCUGUUUUGGAGGUGGAAAACUCCUCUCAGGACGCCCUGGGACUCAGCAAAUUGGGCGGACAGGCUGAGAAAAACCGUAAACUUCAAAAAAAGCACGAAUUGCUCGAGGAAGCCCGGAGACAAGGUUUACCUUUCGCACAGUGGGACGGGCCCACCGUUGUUGUUUGGCUGGAGCUCUGGGUCGGGAUGCCUGCCUGGUACGUAGCCGCUUGCCGAGCCAACGUGAAAAGCGGGGCCAUCAUGUCUGCGCUGUCCGACACGGAGAUCCAGCGUGAGAUCGGCAUCAGCAACCCUCUGCACCGGCUGAAGCUGCGGCUGGCCAUUCAGGAGAUCAUGUCCCUGACUAGUCCGUCAGCCCCUCCUACUUCGAGAACGACGCUGGCAUACGGGGACAUGAACCACGAGUGGAUCGGCAACGAGUGGCUGCCCAGCCUGGGCCUCGCGCAGUACCGCAGCUACUUCAUGGAGUGCCUGGUGGACGCGCGCAUGCUGGACCACCUGACCAAGAAGGACCUCCGAGGGCAGCUGAAGAUGGUCGACAGCUUCCACAGAAACAGUUUCCAGUGCGGAAUUAUGUGCCUGCGAAGGUUGAAUUACGACCGUAAAGAGCUAGAGAGGAAAAGAGAAGAAAGCCAGAGUGAAGUAAAAGAUGUGCUGGUUUGGAGCAACGACCGAGUGAUUCGCUGGGUCCUGUCGAUUGGCCUUAAAGAGUUUGCGAACAAUCUCGUAGAGAGUGGCGUUCACGGUGCGCUCAUGGCCUUAGAUGAGACCUUCGACUUCAACGCCCUGGCGCUUCUGCUUCAGAUCCCGACCCAGAACACACAGGCUCGUGCCGUCUUGGAAAGGGAGUUUAACAACCUUUUGGUCAUGGGGACGGACAGAAGAUUCGAUGAAGACGAUGAUAAAAGCUUUAGGAGGGCACCUUCUUGGAGAAAAAAAUUCAGACCAAAGGACGUUCGUGGCUUGGCUGCUGGGUCUGCAGAGACUCUCCCCGCAAAUUUCCGGGUCACUUCCUCUCUGUCCUCACCCUCUAUGCAGCCAAAGAAGAUACAGCUGGACGGCAGCGUUUCGGGACCGCAGAGGCUGGAUUCCGCCACAGUCAGGACUUACUCCUGCUGACGCCCCCUGUGUUUACCCACACUACUUCUACCGGUGAUCAUGCAGCACCCCAUGAGUCCAGAGGGGACUACGUUUUAAAGUUCAGCGGGAUCUUUAAUCUGUUAAUACUUGUUAUAUGGACCCUGAGAUAUUUUAUUACAGAGUUUUUAAUUAGUGAAGAAUUCAUGAAUACCAUAGAGAAAAUAUUUUAGAAUUUAAUGUUUCUUAUAUUUAUGUAAACUUAUGACUUCUUUUAUAUAGUUACUUACUUUUUCAUGUAUAUCCAGGCUAUAAAUAUCCUUUCCAAUCAAUUCAUGUUCUUCUAUCUAAGUUUAGUCUUUCAAAUGAAUGUACUGUAAUGCUUGUAUGUAUAAAUCCUAUGAACAAAUAUAGGGCUUUUGUAAAUUAUGCGUUUAUUGUAAUUAUCAUUGUUUAAUUUUUUAUUAAUAAACCCUGACAGAGAAAAGGAUUUUACCGCGUUUGUAAAAUCAUCGUGACACAGCGUGCAUUUUCCUUUACAAAUGUCACGUACAAUCAUUUUGAAAUAAUCAGACUUAAUUUUGAGCAAUUGUUGUAUUUUAAUGACUGACCUUAACUACACUUUUUCUAGCAAGAAAUGCUUUAUUCUGCAGUGUGAACAGAUUAAAAAUAUCUGGUGUUAAAUAUCAGCUAAUAAAACUGGGAGCGGAAGGGUUAUCGGAACACUACGAGCAUCUCCUAGGACCGGUGAGCCCUUUCAGAGCCUUGUCCCUGGGGGCUUGGGCAGCUUUUGCCUGGAGUGACCGGCAGGACCCGGGAGCUGAGGACCCAGAAAGCCUGGGCAGGGGGGCCUGGGCACCCCGAGCUCCCUGGCCCCAGAACUCUCAGAGGACCAAUCAGGAAGCACUGGGCUCCCACCGCGGGGCAGGGUGCCGGGUGCCCACCCAGGAGGAGGGCGCGAGAUCCUGGAAAUAAUGUAGUGCAACUCUAAUAAAGGCCUUAUUGUUCUUACGGAAAUCAACUUUUUACAUUUGUUUGUAAACAUGUUUAAAGAGUGGACCUCGUCGUCCAUUUGUAGAUUUUGAUGCGACAGCCAUUUCGGUUUAUAGAAGUAGCAAAUGUAACUUACUUUUUACGCGGCAUAUUAAAAAGCCAGCAAGAAACGUGCUCAGAUCAUGGUGUGUUAUUUAUUAUGCAGCUGAUACAGAGAUAGAAACGGCAUGUCUUUUUACAUUUGGUUUCUGCUUUUAAUUUACUUGUACAAUUGACCGUUUCCGUUCUGUUUUUUCUAUUAAUCUUUUGUGAACUUCCUGAUUGUGUAACAAAGUGUGUACAGUCUACUUUUGAACUAUUUUUAUCACAGUAUUAUUUAUUGCUGUCUUUCAAUACAGUAGUGAAGCGUUUCCCACUGCCAAUAAAGAAUACUGAGCAUAAGCUGCCGUUACCUUGA